AUGUCUGCCUCUUUUCAGGAAAAUUGACAGAAGACAAGUAUAAAAGCAUGUGUCUCGUAAGGUGCGAUUGGAUUUGUCUAAAGUGCUCUACGAAUAAUUCGCGAAGCAAAAAUGUCUCGUGCUUCUUUCGUUUUGUUCGCCAUAUUUGUUGCGAUGUGCAUCACGAGAGGGAGCAGCAAUGGCAACAGAACGUGUUCAUCGAAUGAAGUUUGGAACUCCUGCGGAUCUGCCUGUGCGCCAAGCUGCGAGAAUCCUGAACCAACGUUUUGCACGGCUAAUUGUAUUAUAGGCUGCCAAUGCAAAGAUAAUCUUCUAAGAAACAAGGAGGGGAAAUGUGUGCCUAAAUCAGAAUGUUAAUUGCUUAUUAAAACUUUAACCAUGUUAUUUUCACGUUUCCAAUUAAACUGUAAUUUGGGUGUAAUUUGGUGUUGGUUAUUCUUAGAUGUAACGUUUACAAAGCUGAAGUAAAGAAUCUUAACU